AUGGUAAAGUUUCUACUGCUGGCUUUGGCAUUUGGUCUGAAUCAUGCUCAUGCUGAGCUUGAAGGAAAGUGGGUUACCACUGCCAUCGCUGCUGACAAUGUGGACAAGAUAGAGGAAGGAGGACCUAUGAGAGUCUACAUGCGUGAACUUACUUGUUGUGAGGAAUGUAGUCAAAUGGAAAUCACUUUUUAUGUCAAUGUGAAUGACCAAUGUUCACAGACCAAAAUCACUGCAUAUAAGCAAGAAGAUGGAAACUACAAAACCCAGUUUGAAGGUGAUAAUGUAUUUAAACCUGUGUUUUCAACAGAAGACAUCAUAGUCUUUGCUGGUGAUAAUGUGGAUAGAGCUAGCCGGAGAACAAAAUUGAUUUUUGUUCUUGGAAAAGGCCAACCCUUGACUCCUGAGCAACAUGAGAAACUUGAGGCAUAUGCUGAGGAACGUAGCAUUCCACCAGAGAACAUUCGAGAUGUUCUGGCUACAGAUACUUGUCCUAAAUAA